UUACAAAUUAUUUUCCGCGGCUUAACGCAAGCUGUUCACCUGUUGAAAUAAAGGGGGGUUAGUGGGCUAAGCUCUUCUUCUUUUCUCGAUAUAUUUGGAAAAUGAGAAGCGGCAUAUUUCUGAGAGUCACUAUCCAGUGAUUAAAAUUAAAUUAAAAUUAAAUUAAAUCUAGUUGAAUGGAUCGAGAACGCGAUUUCGACUCGAAUGCCCGCAAGGGCAAUCGUCCGCCCGGGCUGAAGGGCAAGGCACUUGGCAUGUACUACCGGGACCUGGGUCGCCAGCGCGCAAAAGAACGUGAAAAACUGAAUAAGGAUGCAGGAAAGCCGCCCGACGCCGAGGUGCCCAAAAUCCGGCUGGGCUGCAGUGUCAAUGUGCCCGGCGGAGUGCUGGAGCAAGUCAACAAGUUCAUGCAGGACUUCAACAAGACGCCCAAGAAAUCCCACUCGGACGUGGAUGCGCAGUUCGAGCUGCAGUUUCGUCAUCUGCUGAGCGUCAAUUUCCACCAGUUCAUUGCCGAGAAGAAGCAACAGAACGCGACUUUGAACUACAUCAACCAGAAUUUGGAUACCAAAUUGAUGGAGCAGCACCGCGAGCGCCUGCAGUCAUCCAGUAUGCGCGAGCGUCUGAGCGCACGUGAACAGCUGCCCGCCAUGAAGCAUGCCGAUGAGAUUAUACGCACCGUCCAGCAGAAUCAAGUUAUUCUGAUCGUUGGCAGCACCGGCUGUGGCAAGACCACACAGGUCCCGCAACUGCUGCUCGACCACAGCAUUGUAAAGGGCUGUGCCUCCGACUGUCGCAUUGUGUGCACCCAGCCGCGUCGCAUUUCGGCCAUCACAAUUGCCGAGCGUGUGAGCUACGAGCGUGGCGAGCCCCUCGGCCAGUCGACGGGCUAUCAGAUACGCCUGGAGAGCCGCAAGCCCAGAGAUCGGGCCUCCAUUACCUAUUGCACCACGGGCGUGCUGCUGCAGCAGCUGCAGUCGGAUCCGCUGAUGCACAGCCUAAGUGUGCUCAUUCUGGACGAGAUACACGAGCGCAGCGUGGAGACAGACAUGCUUAUGGGUCUGCUGAAGGUCAUUCUCCCCCAUAGGCCCAACCUGAAAGUGAUUCUGAUGAGUGCCACCGUUCGGGAGCAGGAUUUCUGUGAUUACUUUGAGAACUGUCCCAUGUUUCGCAUUGAUGGUGUCAUGUUUCCCGUUCGCAUGCUCUACCUGGAGGAUGUUCUCUCCCUCACCAAUUAUCAGUUCGACAACCAUAGGCCCGGAACAAACCGGAAACCCAAGCAGGAUCGUAGGGAGACCCAAAUGGCACACGAGGCCAUGAUUUUACCGUAUGUGCGUCGCGUUCGUCACAUGUACGAUCGCAGGGUCCUCGACCAGUUGCGUCUGCCCGAAUCGGAGGGCUGCGAGGACAUUGAUUUCAUCGCCGAUCUCGUGUACUACAUCUGCGAGAACGAGCCAGAGGGUGCCAUUCUGGUCUUUCUGCCCGGCUUCGACAAGAUCUCCAAACUCAACAAAGCCCUGGAGAAUCCUCAGGGUUCGGUCAAGGGCCAACGCUGGCGUCACAGUCUGGUGCUCUAUCCGCUGCACUCCCUAAUGCCCUCCGUCGAACAGCAGGCAGUGUUCCGUCGUCCGCCGGAUGGCAAGCGCAAGGUCAUUAUGUCCACCAUUAUAGCCGAGACAUCGGUGACCAUUGACGAUGUGGUGUAUGUCAUCAAUUCGGGCCGCACCAAGGCCAGCAAUUAUGAUAUAGCCAGCAAUAUCCAGAGCCUGGAUGAGGUGUGGGUGAGCAAAGCGAAUACCCAGCAGCGCAAGGGUCGUGCGGGACGCGUGAGGCCGGGCAUUUGCUACAAUCUGUUCAGUCGGGCGAGGGAGGAGCAAAUGGCCGAUAUACCCACACCGGACAUACUGCGCUCCAAACUGGAGUCACUCAUUUUGAGUCUGAAACUGUUGCACAUUGAUAAUCCUUAUGAUUUUCUGGGCACCCUCAUCAGUGCACCCGAACAGGAGGCCAUCAAAAAUGGUAUCCUGCUGCUGAUGCGCAUUGGCGCCCUGGACAAGGACGGCAUUCUCACACCGCUGGGCGUGCAUCUGGCGAAGCUUCCCGUCGAUCCGCAAAUGGGCAAAAUGAUGCUCAUGUCUGCCCUGUUCUGUUGCCUGGAUCCCAUCACCUCGGCGGCGGCGGCGCUCUCUUACAAAUCGCCAUUCUACACGCCGCUGGGGCAGGAGAGUCGUGUGGAUCAGGUCAAGCGGCAGAUGGCCCACAAUAUGCGCAGCGAUCAUCUGAUGGUGCACAAUACCCUUUGUGCGUAUCGCAAGAGUCGCAAUGGGGAUCGCAAUUUCUGCUAUACGAACUAUCUCAGCUACAUGACGCUGCAGCAGCUGGAGCGCAUGAAGAAUCAGUUUGCGGAAUUGCUGUGCAACUACAAGUUUCUUAGUUCACCCGGUUUGCUGGACAGAUCGUCCAAUAUUAAUUCGGACAAGAUACCACUGCUGAGGGCAAUCAUUGGAGCGGGUCUCUAUCCGAAUAUGGCAUGCAUGCGCAAAGCCCGUCGCAUACGAAAUUCUGUGCGUGCCGUACAUAACAUGUCCACGGACGAUGGCAAGCGUGUGAAUUUCCAUCCCUCGUCUGUGAACAGCGGCGAAAGCAGCUUCGAAUCGGAUUAUUUUGUGUACUACCAGCGACAGAAAUCCUCAUCGCUUUAUCUGCUGGAUUCCACAAUGGUCUUUCCCAUGGCCCUCAUUAUAUUCGGCGAUGGCGUGGAGGCUGGUGUCGCCGACAGAGUGCCCUAUCUGUGCGUGGCCAAUACAUACUAUUUCAAAUGCAAUCCAGAGACAGCCAAAGUGGUGCUCGAACUUCGCACAAAUCUGGGUAGAUUGCUGCUCAAAAAGGCGCUCUACCCAGCCCCAAUUGAGGAGAAUGGCGAAGAGAAGCAACUGAUCAAAGCUAUCGAGUUGUUGCUUUCUUUGGACGAAAAGUUGGAUCAUGAUUCGUUUUCGUCGGAUGAAAUUGAUGAUAUCUGAACGUGAAAGAGGCUCAUAGUAUAUGUGUAAACCAGGAGGACAUUCUCAUAGCAUAAUUUAAUUCCAUUUUAUUGUAUUUUUUUUUUUUU